GUCAGCUUUCAGGACAGAAGCUCGGAUACAUGAUUUUGUGAUCUACUGCAUCACUCUGUGGCCACAGAAAGACAUGGCAGAGCAGAUGAUGAUGAUAAACCUUAGCAAACUUCCCCACAUGUGUGAUGAGAAGCAGAGAGUGGAGUUAUUUAUUCAACCACAGGUGCUAACUCUUACUUUUUGUAAUGUGAAUAACUGUCCCUAGGCACUAGUUUCAGACUAAUUUCACAUCCAUGGACAAGUAUCAGAUGGUAAAAUAGAUAGGCCCUUGCUUUGAGAGACUGCUGUUUGGAAGAUUUAGAUGUGACAAAACUCACUGGAAAACGGAAGUAGUAAUAAUUUAGAGAGGUUUUUGAAUUAUUUGAUUUACUUGAGAGUUAUGAGCAUUGUAGAAGAAAUGAGUCCUUAGGAUUGGAAUGAGGAAAGAGUUGUAACUAGGAAAAACAGGGAUGGGGAGAGCAUUCCAUGCGUAGAAAAAAAAAAGAUGUAAGUGAACAAUAGUCUUGUAGAAUGUGGAGACUGACAUUUUUGGUGCAGUAUUGAUCUAAGAGAGAGGGUUUGAAAUGUGAGCCAGGGUUGAGUGUUGCAGGGCCUUGAAGGUGAAAAUAAUUUUAAACUUGAUGCAGUGGGCAAGGGGAAACCAGUAGAUAGAUUCAAAGAGGUGAGUAACUUGUUAGAUUGAAGGACAAGGGGUCAGGCAUAUUUUAGAUCAAUUUGAGAGAGGUGAAGCAGAUAUUGGUGAUGCUGAAGAAGAGAAUGCUGCAGUAAUCAUCUAUACACACGUUCAGAAAGAUACAGGAAUGCAUGCUUCAUUUUGGUACCCUCAUAUGUAUAUGUAGAUAUGUAGUGACCUUGCUGAUCAUGGGGCAGUAGUUCAGCACUAUUGAAUGGAAGCUGUUUCCUUGUACUCCAAAAUCUGAGCUACCACUGUAAAAGAAAUUGUCUCCAGCGCUCUGGUUGCAAGAAACCCACAACCAGCAUCAAACGUGAGCUGAGGAUACGUGAUGCAGUGAUUUGCGGGCCCGUUCCUCCCCUUAGGGCUGUUGACUCUGCAACCGAAUGGCAAUGUAAAACGCCAGCGCCGUUCGCCAGUCAGUGCAGAUCGGACCGCAGCACAGGGUCUUAGGGAGCGACUGUGAAGGCAGGCGUCGUGAACGACUCACUCGUGAGAAGAGCAUGACCUUGUCCCUGCUUCCCUCCGCCCCAGCCUCCACUCCAGCGCGCGGUACCUACCCUCUACGGCUGCAGGCUGGGCCGGCGCUGCCAGGUCCGCUUCGCGGCAGCAAGACCCAAGCGCCUACACAAGACGUAAUCGUGGAGGUGAACGCUCCGCGCGCCCCAAAGCCGGGGAAAGCCCGGCCCAGGGGCUUGGUGGAGUGGUGGGGGCUGAGCGGAGGCUCCAGCCGAGGCAGCAGAGGGCGCUCAAGGGCAGGGGAGCCAAAGACGGCGCGGAGUGGAAAGAGGGGGUUCGGGGAUGUGGAAAGACCCAACAGUCCGCUCUCGGCUCAUCUCCCUGAUGGCGGAGGCCCCGCUCUCUAUCGUGGCUCACAAUGGCUUGUCUGGCCUGCGGAUCCGGCUGCCUCGCUAGCCUAGGAGGACCAGAUACUCCCGCCGGCCCUGUGGCGGGAGGGGGAGCGAGCUUAUCUCCUCGGAGUUGUGGGGCGGCGACCGUACACGAGGGCACAGCCCCGCCCGGAACAGCUUCACCUCCCGUGCCACCGGCGGCUUCCUUCCACCCCGGAGCUCAUUUACAUGGACACAGGUCGAGUGCCCUCAGCGCCUAAUUGGUUCCCAGGGUCAAAGUUAAUGAUCCCAUGACAACUGAUGUUUCUAAUAGUCCAAGUCUGUGACUUUGCAUCAUUCAGUUCUGGCAAGCAGAGUGAACUUAGGAUGUCAGCCAAGACUUUCUGGGGGAUUCUUGCUCUGCUCCGAAUUUUCUGGUGUCUUCUUCCUCAGACAGGUUACCUUCAUCCUGAUGAAUUCUUCCAAUCACCUGAGGUCAUGGCAGGAGAUAUUUUAGACCUACAAGUCUAUUAUCCCUGGGAAUUCCUUUCCAGUUCUCCUUGUAGAACCAUUGUGUUCCCAUUAAUAACAUCUGGCUUUACCUAUUGGAUGAUCAAAUCUUUGCAACAGCUGGGCAUGUGGUCAAAUGGCAUCAACAGCUACACCCUUCUUGUGUCACCUCGUCUUCUCCUCACCACCUUUUCUUUCAUACUAGACUAUAGCGUGUAUCGGCUAGCUCCUUUCUGGGGUGCAGAUCUGUGGAACGCCUUGGUUCUGCUUGCUGGGUCCUAUGUCACACUAGUAUUUUACACAAGAACAUUUACCAACACACUUGAAGGACUUCUGUUUGCCCUGCUGAUGGUACUAGUAUCUCCCAAAGCAGCUGGUUAUGGAACAGCACCUAAGUCAGACAUCAGCCAGGUGAAACCUACCAGUAGCAGUCUCAUAGGGAUUAUAACAGUUGCUGGGUUUUUCAACAGGCCAACUUUUCUGGCAUUUGCUUUAAUGCCACUGCUUUACUGGGCAGUUUUAAAUGCCACUUCUCAGCACAGCAUUAAAACUAUUGCAAACCACCUUUUGAAGCUUGUUUCAAGCACAGCUUUCACUGCCAUCAUCUUCACAGCAGCUGACACGUUAUAUUUUACCUCCGUUGGAUCAGAGAUUAGCCUAUACAGCAUUAAAAAGAAUGGCCUGUUAAGCACCAUAGCUCAAAUAAAUCAGAAUGUAAUAGUGACCCCUUUUAAUUUUCUCCGCUAUAACCUUAAUCCCCAUAAUCUUGCACAGCAUGGGAUUCACCCACGAUUUACUCAUUUUGUAGUCAAUGGGAUAAUGCUCUUUGGGAUCCUACACAUUCUGGCCAUCAGUGUUGGUUUAGAAAUGCUGAAAAUAAACAUCCGUCAAUUAUCAUGGAUCAGACUACAUAAUCAUAGGCCACCUACAAUGUUGGUGCUUGCCAAGAGCAAUCCAACAUUAUUAUCAUUCUAUUUUGUUCCUUUGGCAUUCCUUUCCCUGUUCAGCCACCAAGAACCUCGAUUCCUCAUUCCUCUUAUUUUACCACUAGUUCUAUUGAUCACACAGCAGAAUAGAACCCUGAAGUGGAAACCCAUCAUUAUUAUUUUCAAUGUCCUUGGUGCCCUUUUAUUUGGGUGCUUACACCAGGGAGGGCUGAUCCCAUGCCUGUCUCAUUUAGAACAGCUCAUACAUUCUCCAGAAUCCCUGAACCAUCCAACACACUAUACUCUACUCUUUGCUCAUACCUAUAUGCCUCCCAGGUUUCUGCUCAGUAUCAAUAAGAGAGACCCACUAGUAGAAAUAAUUGAUAUGGCUGGAACUGAAGAAAACACUCUCUGCCAAACACUGGGACAAUUAGCAAACAACAUUGCUUGUGGGACUAGAGAGACUGAUAAAGAAAGAACUUGUAAUUUUUUUGUUAUAACCCCCGGUACAGUCAGAACAACAAUACAAAAAUGUGGGAUUUUGUUCAAGAAUGAGACAUUAAUAUUUCCACACUUGACAAUGGAAGAUCCACCACAAAUCCCCUUUCUAUUCAGUGAAAAAUGGAGAAGUCAGUUAGGACUAUACAUCCUUCAGAUAGACAGAAAUGAACAGAGCUUUUAGUUAUUAGAGGAUUUAUGUUUGACUUUUCAAUUUUAUUUAGUUCUGUUGAAAGUUGCUGGAUCAACAGUUCUGGAGAUUGAUGCUCUCUCCCUUUAUUCACAGACACAAGUACAGCACAAACAGUGGGAGUGCAAACUUCCCCAUAAUGUCCCCCCACUAUUACCUUCACCAGGGUUCCUCAGCCCUGUUCUGGGUGGAUGCUAUCUAAGUGUGAGGUGGUUCGAUCUACAGCAUCGUUUUUACAUUGUUUGCUGCUGAGAGAGGAGUAAAUCAGAGAAAAAAAGCUGAAGUUCUCUCCACAAAACUUUCCAGAUGGUUUUGUAUCAGUUCUUCUCAUGUCAGGUGUAUUGUUUUGUGUUUUUUUUUAUUGUAUCUCUUUUGGAUUAUACUUUAUUUAUAUGCAUUAAUGCUGCAGCUAAGCAUUCAGGGCCUCCUCCUAGUAGUUACAGCAAGCUCCAGUCAUGAUAUAGAAUUCAUCUUUACAAGCACCUCAGUUACAGGAUGGUGCAUGAUCAGAUAUAUCCUCUCAAGGGAUUGUAUCAUGUCCUUGAAAAGGGAGUGGGGUUAGUUUCAUUGUCUAGUAAUGUCUAAUGUUUUAUCACUAGCACAUCAGAUCCUAGGAAUGGAAGCCCCAAAUUCAAUCCCAAAACCAGUCACUGCUUAGUCUUAAUGUUCAUUUAGCUUUUCCUGCUACAAGGCCAUUUAUUUGUGGAAACGAUAUAUUUUAAAUUGCCUUUCUAUUAGGAGUGAAUCUGAACCUGGAUCCACAGAUCCCUGAACUACAGUGGGGAAUUGCAGAAGUUGAACCAAGAUCUGCAUAGAAAUUUCAUAGGUGACCCCUUUGGAUAUAGGAGUUUGGUUCUGGCCAUUAUGGACAAACACUUCCAGACUUUGGGGAAAUAUUAAUCCUGAUCCAAACCUUAUAUGUCAAGCCUGUCUCUUGCAGAUGAACCUGCCAAAGAUAAAUGGGACCUGUUCAAAUGCCGGUCAUACUACACGAUGGGCAUGGUACAUACAGUUGCAAGUCUUAAAUACCAAUUUUACAAGCAGACCAUAUAAUGGACUAUGAAGUUAGUUUAUGGGGCCAAGUUAUAAAAGGAAAUCAAGACCAAGUCCCAGUAUGAAGAAUUUAUCGUUUGCCAAAUUUCACAGAAAUUCACAGAAUUUCACAAGAUGUUCAUACUUGGCAUUCUGAUCAAUGUAAAUAGUUUUUGUUCUCUGCAAAGCACUUUAUACUAGGGGGAAAAGCUGUUUUUCCUAAUUGUGGAAAUGCAUGGAGGCUGUGUGUGUUUAUUUUCUAAUGUUUGCUUUGCUGUUUUAUGUAACAUUAGAAGAAGUUAUGAAAACACCUUGAUACUGUACCAAAUGUAUUUUUCAGGUUAAUUAUCUUGUUUUCUAUGCUGCUACGCAUUUCUGGAAAGAAUCUUGUUCCAUAGGUUUUGUGUUAUGGGGUGGGGGGUGUUGUACUAACUUUUCAGAACCAUGUUUAAUAUUUCAGACCUUCCUUGGUGUUCACAGCAGAAUUUAGUGAAGUCUCUUCGUAAAGAAUUCUACUUCUUUUCUAUAUCUUGGAGUGUAUAUAACCUCCAUCACCAUAGUAACUGAAAGCCUUAUAACUCUCAUUAAUGUAGUGAACUAUUAUUCUCUAUGGUACACUGAGAUCAUGUGGCUUUUCUAUGGUCACAGAGGCAGUCUGUGACAGAUCCAAGAACAGAACCUGGCUCUCCUGAGUGCCAGUCCAUCUCCUUAAUUUCAAACCCAUCUUUCCUCCAGUUCUCCAGUCUUUGCAUACCUAAAAUGCCUACUGACAUCAAGUGGAGUUUUUAAGUGUGCAGUACGAGCCUCUGUGUGUGUCAGAUUUAAUCUUAUCAUUUCAAUAGCAUUCUUCAUCCUCAAGCAUAUAAAAUGAUAUACAAAUUAUGUAUAUACACAGGAAAUUCAGCUACUACUGUAAUAGACCAUGGUUACUCUUCAGCACACAGCAACAUUACACAAAUUAAAAACAGGCAGUGAGAAAUACCAUAUCCAACUGAAACUGCCUGGGGGGAAAUGAGGUUAAUAGACCUCUGUAUUAUGAUGUAUUGCCCAUUAAGAUAGUAACAUACCAUUUUAUAUAAUUCUUUCAAAUAGCAAAUUCUGAGGGAUGUUUUAAUACUGAAGUUUCUUUCUGCCCCACCACAGCCACCACACCAAUUGUAAAGUUCUUUGAGAUCUUCAGAUGAAAGGGGCACUAUAAAUGCAAAGUAUUUCUAUUGUCUAUAAGAUGCCUGCUGUGAUAGAUAUGGCAAUUUACUACAAUAUCUUUGAGAGAUCUUGUUGUAUUAAGUAUAUUGUGAUGGGGCAAGGCCAGAUGACUAUAGUAAAGUAGUGAGGAACCGGUAUGUUGGCCCCAGGCUAAACAAAUCCCUUGUACCAUGGUAACCAAAUGGCAGUUGCUCCAGGUUAAUCAAGACACCUGGGGCCAAUUAAGAUCCUUCUAGAAAACAGUGGAGAUAGCUAGGUUGAUUGAGACACCUGAAGCCAGUCAAAGGCUGGCUGGAACUAAUUAAAAGCCUCCCAGUUAGUCAAUGAAGCAUGCGUGACAGGAGCUGUAGGAAGAAGCUGUGCUGUUGGAGGAACUAAGCAGUACAAAUUCAUAUCAGGCACAGGGAAGGAAGCCCUGAGGUAAUGGUGAAGGAGAUAUUGAGUGGGGGCUGCUGAGGGGAAGUGGCCCAGGGAAUUUUACACGUCCUAUUUCCAAAAAGUCAGUUACCAUAACUUCUACUAUUAAGGGCCCUGGGCUGGAGCCCAGAGUAGAGGGCUCCCCCCCCCCAAUUAAUCAUUGAGACUGGGAAACAACAGAAACUGUGCGAGGGAGGGUUGCUUCUCCUCACCGCCCUUGC